CAGCGCGCUAGUGCCAGUGGCAGCAGCGGCGGCGGCGGCAGCGGCAGCAGAGUUCCGAUUUUUUCGCGUUCGUCUAUAAACACAGGUGCGCCCUUAUGCUGGCCAACAUUCGCGCUUGUGAUACGAAAACGAAACAUAACCCAAGCCAAGAGACUCUCUGCACCAUUCGCACACCCAAAAAAAAAAACAACCAAAGGCUGACCUUCACACCACAAUCGAAGUUUGUGCACAAUUCUUGCCACUGCAAAAACAACGAAACACUAAAAGAAGCAACAACAACAAGCGAAGCGAGAAACAAUCAACACAAAAAGUUCCUAAAUCAAAGUCACAUUUGUGCAAACAAACACACACGAAAAAGUUCCUAACAAGAGCAAAGGCAGAGCAGAUCCAACAGCAAGUUUAACAACAACUCUAGCAGCAGAACAGGAGAGCAGGAGAACAGGAGAGCAGGAGAAGCAGAGACAGCAUGACAGCACUGGGAUUAGUUCUGCUAUCAAUGAUGGGCUACACGCAGCACAUGCAGCAGCCAGAACCCAGCUCGCUCGGAGUGGAGGGCGGAGCACGACUGCUCUCCCGAGCGGACUGGGGCGCCCGGAUGCCCAAGUCCGUGGAACACUUUGAGGGACCCGCCCCGUAUGUCAUCAUCCAUCACUCGUACAUGCCCGCCGCCUGCUUCAGCACGCCGGACUGCAUGAAGAGCAUGCGGGACAUGCAGGACUUCCAUCAGCUGGAGCGCGGAUGGAACGACAUCGGCUACAGCUUCGGCAUCGGCGGAGAUGGAAUGAUCUACACGGGUCGCGGCUUCAACGUCAUCGGAGCACAUGCCCCCAAAUACAACGACAAGAGUGUGGGCAUUGUCCUCAUCGGAGAUUGGAGAACUGAACUGCCGCCCAAGCAGAUGCUGGAUGCCGCCAGGAACCUGAUCGCUUUCGGCGUGUUCAAGGGCUACAUCGACCCCGCAUACAAGCUGCUGGGGCACAAGCAGGUGCGCGAGACAGAGUGUCCGGGCGGACGCCUCUUCCAGGAGAUUUCCACGUGGCCGCACUUCAACAAUGGAAUCCGUUUUAACGCAACGACGGAGCAGCCACCACAGGGGCAGGCACUGCCUGUGGUCCCCAAGGUCUAGUUUAGCUCAUCCCGAAUCCUUAUCCGCUAUAUACCAUACUACGCCACACGAGCUCUCAGCUCCCCCGCUCAAUGCCAAGGAGUUCAUUCAGUAUUCAUUAGAUGUCUCUCUGCGAACAUUUCACAAAUAAAGCAAUUUCUAGAUGAUAACA